ACUGUUCGUACCGACGCGACGGUCCGUUCGUAGCCGUCUUUGCUUCGUGAUGCGUCCACCGAUGUGUGUUUCUGCACAUGGCCGUGCCGCCCAACGGGCUUCUGCAUUGUUCCACAGUUUUUCGCACUUUGUCACCGGGUUGUAUCUAUUAUUUUUAGAAGAAUUGUACAAUACAUUAUAUCCACCAUGACCACAUCAUCGGAAGAUGUUCUAAUGCAAGUAGGACAAGUCCGUUAUAAAAAAGGAGAUGGCACUUUAUAUGUCAUGAACGAACGAAUAGCUUGGAUGCUUGAUAAUAGAGAUACUGUAUCUGUCAGUCACAAAUAUGCAGACAUUAAAUUGCAAAAGAUAUCACCAGAGGGAAAGUCAAAAAUACAGCUGCAAGUUGUGUUGCACGAUGGUUCAUCGUCUACAUUUCACUUUGUGAACAGAAAUGGACAAGAGGCACAAAUUAAGGAUCGUGAUGAUGUAAAAGAAUUACUUCAACAAUUAUUACCAAAAUUUAAGAGGAAAGUAAACAAAGAAUUAGAAGAGAAAAAUAGAAUGCUCCAGGAAAAUCCAGUACUGCUUCAAUUAUACAGAGAUUUAGUUAUUACACAAGUUAUUUCGUCCGAAGAGUUCUGGUCGCAACAUGCUGCAGAAUAUACUCAAGCUAAAAAGAGUCAGCGUCAAGAAAUAGGUGUCAAUAGUGCUUUUUUGGCUGACAUAAAGCCACAAACUGAUGGAUGUAACGGAUUGAAAUAUAAUUUAACUAUUGACAUAAUAGAAUGUAUAUUUAAGACUUACCCAGCAGUAAAAAGAAAACAUCAAGAAAAUGUGCCUCAUAAAAUGUCUGAAUCCGAUUUUUGGACAAAGUUCUUCCAGUCACAUUAUUUUCAUCGAGAUCGUAUCAAUGCAGGGACCAAGGAUCUUUUUACCGAAUGUGCCAAAAUAGAUGAUCAAGAAUUGAAGAAAGAUAUUCAGUCUGGUAUCAAUGAUCCAUUGGUAGACAUAACUUCCUUUGAGGAUCAAACUUUAGAUGAGAAUUACGGAAAUGGACCUAGCAAAUCGGACAAAGUAUCAGGAAAUAUUGUACAUCAAAGUAUGAUAAAGAGAUUUAAUCAACACAGCAUUAUGGUUUUAAAAGCCAGCACUGCCAAACAAUCUGCGCAACCACAAUUAAAUGGUUCAACUCCGUCAGCAAGUAAAAUUACAACACUCUGUCAUCAGUUGGAUGAAGAACCAAAGACAAAAAAACUUAGAAUACAAGAAAAAUUAAUUUACGACGAUCUUGAUAGUAGCUGUGACACAAACACAAAUAAUAGCGCGCCGUUAAAUUUGACGCAUGUAGAUAGAUAUUUACAUGGUCCUGUACCAGGAUAUGGUAAUACAGAGCCUUCAUCUGAAGAGCUUCUUGUGACAUUAAAUCAAUUAAAGAAAGAAGCAACUAGUUGGCUGUCAGGAAACAGUAUACCGAGACAAUUAGCAACGUCAUUAGUUAGUCCAGCUGCAGCAGUUUCAGCUUUAGGAGAAUUAACUCCAGGCGGCUCUUUAAUGAAAGGUUUUAGAGAAGAAAGUCUUGGCCAAUUAAUACCAAAGGAUUUAGAAAAAGAGUUGCGGAACGUUUAUGUGUGUAUGUGUGAACUUCUAAGGCACUUUUGGCGCAGUUUUCCACCUACAACUCCACAGCUUGAAGAAAAAGCAAUUAGAAUGCACGAAGCCUUACACAGAUUUCAUUCUGCUAAACUUAAACCCUUUGAAGAUCGUGUUCAACGAGACUUUUCUGCGGUUAGUCAACAUCUAACAAGUCAUUUAAAUCAAUUACUAAACACAGCAUAUAGAAAGUUCGCAGUUUGGCAACAACGUAAAAUGCAAAUGAGGUAGCCGUUCAAUCACAUGUCGUACAAAUAAAAAAAAAAACAACGUGAAUAAAGCAGAGCAAUAUUGGCCAUCUUAUAUAUAUUGCAUUUUGUAAUGUUACCGUAAUUAGGGAUUAAUAAGGGUGUAUUUCACAAAAAACCAA